AUGGAAGAUUCGUCACAAAACGCAAAAAAAAAUACGUGUUCAGACCUAAAUGAAUCAAAUUUAGAAGAAAAUAACAAAAUAAAACAAGAAUAUUUAACAAAAAACAUUAAAAAAAUGAAUUAUGAGCGAUAUAACCUUGAAAAUGAUAGACCAACAGAAGAUCUGGAUAAUAAUUGGUCAUGGAAAGAAAAAGGAAAUGAGCAAUAUAAAAUAUGUAAUGCUCCAGAUAGUAGCCUGCCUGAACUUUCACCCGAUAAUAUAACACUAUUAAACCAGAAAAAUCUUGGAAGUGUUACAGAAAAUCUUUUAUCAGAUCAGAAUUCGGAAUUAAAUAAGGCAAUUGAUACAUUUGUUGAGAAAGAAGUAGAUAAGGAUGUAAAUACGUUUCAUGGGAAAAAGCAAGGUGAUUAUGUAGAAUUGGAAGAUGGAACUACUUUUUUAGUCGGUUGA